GGCGGGGCGGGGUGGGCCGCAGGCAGGGAGUCCCAGCUCCAGCCCCGGCGUUUGCCAGCCCCACCUGAUCCCCGGCCGGAACCGAAGGCUACUGCCCGGGCCCGUCGAGCCUCCGCUCCGGUGCCCGCGCGGCGCCCGCACCCCGGAGUCCGGCUCGGCCGGUGGCGGCGCUGCAGGUGCCCCAGGGGCCGCCCACACACCCACGCAGCCCUCUGCUGGCUUGUCUUGGCCUCCCCGCCCUGGGCAGCGGCCACCAUGUUCUCCUGCGUGAAGCCCUACGAAGAACAGAACUACUCAGCCCUGAAGCGGGCCUGUCGGUGCAGGAAGGUGCUCUUUGAAGACCCCAACUUCCCAGCCACCGACGACUCGCUGUACUACAAGGGCACCCCGGGGCCUGGCGUCAGGUGGAAGCGGCCCAAGGACAUCUGCGAGGACCCCCGCCUCUUUGUGGACGGCAUCAGCUCCCACGACCUGCACCAGGGCCAGGUGGGCAACUGCUGGUUUGUGGCAGCCUGCUCAUCGCUCGCCUCCCGAGAGUCGCUGUGGCAGAAGGUCAUCCCAGACUGGAAGGAGCAGGAGUGGGACCCCGAGAAGCCUGAUGCCUACGCGGGCAUCUUCCACUUCCAUUUCUGGCGCUUUGGGGAGUGGGUGGAUGUGGUCAUUGACGACCGGCUGCCCACCGUCAACAACCAGCUCAUCUACUGCCACUCCAACUCCCCCAACGAGUUCUGGUGUGCCCUGGUGGAGAAGGCCUAUGCCAAGCUGGCGGGCUGUUACCAGGCCCUGGAUGGAGGCAACACGGCGGAUGCGCUGGUAGACUUCACAGGUGGCGUUUCUGAGCCCAUCGACCUCGCUGAGGGGGACUUUGCCAAUGAUGAAGCCAAGAGGAACGCACUCUUUGAGCGCAUGCUGAAGGUGCACAGCCGGGGAGGCCUCAUCAGUGCCUCCAUCAAGGCCGUGACAGCAGCAGACAUGGAGGUCCGCCUGGCCUGCGGCCUGGUGAAAGGCCACGCCUAUGCCAUCACCGACGUGCGCAAGGUGCGCCUGGGCCAUGGCCUGCUGGCCUUUUUCAAGUCCGAGAAGCUGGACAUGAUCCGCCUGCGCAACCCCUGGGGCGAGCGAGAGUGGAACGGGCCGUGGAGCGACACCUCAGAGGAGUGGCGGAAGGUGAGCAAGAGCGAGCGGGAGAAGAUGGGUGUGACUGUGCAGGAUGAUGGCGAGUUCUGGAUGACCUUCCAGGACGUGUGCCAAUACUUCACCGACAUCAUCAAGUGCCGCCUGCUCAACACGUCCUACCUGAGCAUCCACAAGACCUGGGAGGAGGCCCGGCUGCGCGGGGCCUGGACGCGGCACGAGGACCCGUGGCAGAACCGCAGUGGGGGCUGCAUCAACCACAAGGACACCUUCUUCCAGAACCCGCAGUACAUCUUUGAUGUCAAGAAGGCAGAAGAUGAAGUGCUGAUCUCCAUCCAGCAGCGGCCUAAGCAGUCCACACGUCGGGACGGCAAGGGCGAAAACCUGGCCAUCGGCUUCGACAUCUACAAGGUGGAGGAGAACCGCCAGUACCGCAUGCACAGCCUGCAGCACAGGGCCGCCAGCUCCAUCUACAUCAACUCCCGCAGCGUCUUCCUGCGCACGGACCAGCGGGCGGGGCGCUACGUCAUCAUCCCCACCACCUUCGAGCCAGGCCACACCGGCGAGUUCCUGCUCCGAGUCUUCACCGACGUGCCCUCCAGCUGCCGGGAGCUGUGCCUGGAUGAGCCGCCCCGCUCUUGCUGGAGCUCCCUGUGCGGCUACCCCCAGCUGGUGACCCAGGUGCAUGUCCUGGGGGCUGCUGGUCUCAAGGACUCCCCUACAGGGGCUAACUCUUAUGUGAUCAUCAAGUGUGAGGGGCACAAAGUCCACUCAGCCAUGCAGAAGGGUACCUCGACGCCUGAGUAUGAUGUAAAAGGCAUCUUCUACCGCAAAAAGCCAGGCCAGCCCAUCACUGUGCAGAUCUGGAACCACCGAGUCCUGAAGGAUGAGUUCCUGGGCCAGGUGCAGCUGAAGGCUGACCCCGAUGACCUCCAGGCCCUGCACACCCUCCACCUCCGGGACCGAGACAGCCGGCAGCCCAGCGACCUGCCGGGCACCAUUGCCGUGCGCAUCCUCAGCAGCGCCACCCUCACGGCUGUCUGAUGCCUGGCCGCCUGCCUGGCCCCCACAGUUCUCACCGCUGUCUGCAUGCCCCCUGCCAGGGAUUAGCCUGGGAGCUAGGACACCGGGGCCCUUGUCCCAGCUUGUCCACUGACUCGCUGUGUGGCCGUGGGGGGUCUCUGGCCCUCUCUGGGCCUGUGUCCUGAGGACCCCACAGCAUUCCUUUCUCACGGAGACGUCUUCUUGCCUGAGAUCUAAAUAGCCCGCCCUUCCCCAACUGUUCCCGCUGCUAAGGGACUCUCUCCGUUGAAAAUGUUUCCCCACGGCCCUGCUGUCAGCCCACGGAGUGCCAAGAUGCCACUUGUUUACACACAAACUGCCAUACCCCCGAGCCCCUCUCUUGCCCCUCCUUUCCUGCAACGGCCCCCGUGCCCCGGACAUCGCUUUCUCGGUCACCAAAUCUUGACUUUCUGGCCACCUUGAAAGGGCUCUUGGCCUUGGCUGGGCUGCUGCUCCGGCUGGGAUUUGGGAACAUGCAGGGGACAUCUGUUCAUUCUCGAAUUCCAUCCACCUGCCCAUCCCUUCAUUUCUCCAAGCGAUUUGCCAAGUGAGUAAGCGACCCCAUGAGACCCUGCCCACAGCUCUGGGAGACCUGGCGCCCAUGCUGGGCUGCAGCUCUGCUCCGAGGUCCUCCCUGGCACGGGGUUGGAUGCCCAGAGAGCUGCGGCUGCCGUCUCACCCCGUGUGGAUUUCAUCCCCAGCCUCUGGUUUAAGGCCCCCCCGCCACCCCCCCCCCCCCCCCCGAGAGGUUUUGUCAGCGAUGGAAAGGAAGGGCGUUUUCCUGUCUCCACGGCCCUGGUCCCAGAAGCCGUGUGCCCAGUUUGGUGGCCAGGGCCCAGGCAGGUAGGCAGGACAUGUGGACGCAAGUGGGGGCGGGGGGGGGGACAUAGUCUCAGGACCCCCUUUGCUGCAAGCACUGGGAUUUCCUGGGAGAAGGGGCUCUGGGUUGUUGGCGUCAGGGCUUGGAAGGAGAGAGGGAAACCCAUCACCAGACCAGAGGCUUUCCGCCAACAUUCCCCCCAAAAUGCAGCCGGGGAGGCCACAGCCCUCUUCUUGCUGCCCGGACCAAAAUGUUCCUUUCAGUCCUCAACAUUUUAUAUUCUUUCUGUUUUAAAACUCUCAGUUUUAACCAGGGGUUUUAAAAGGAAAACUGAAAGCCUGUGCACCCCUUUUCUCUUCUUAAACUCCAGUUCUUGUGGUCCUCUGGUUUUAUUUUUAUAUGUUUUUAUUGAUUUUUUUUUUUUUUUUUUUUUAGAGAGGAAGGGAGAGGGAUAGAGGGAUAGAAACAUUGAUGAGAGAGAAACAUCGUCGAUCGGCUGCCUCCUGCAAGCCCCCUACUGGGGGGAUCAAGCCCGCAAACUGGGCAUGUGUCCUGACUAGGAAUUGAACCGGUGACCUCUUGGUUCCUGGGUCGACGCUCGACCGCUGAGCCACACCGGCUCGGCCGAUUUUAUUUUGAUUCCACUUGGGGAGGGAUGAGGAGAAGCCAUACUUUCUCAGAAGGGGUCUGGAGGUGGAUGAAGAAGAGGGUGUUUGUACUCUGAUGUUUUGCAAGUCGGCACCAAUCGUGUGGGCGCUGUGACCCGCGUAGGGUCUCUCUGCAACCCUUCUCGGGCUCCAGACCAGGCAACGUUAAAUGAAAACAUUCAGCUGGUUCCAGAACAGGAGUUCCCGUGGGCUUGCUGGCUGGGAAGUCCUUUGGAAGCCUGGAUUUCCGGCUCCGUGUCCUGGCUCUUUGGUCCGGUGUCCUGGCUGGAGAGGCUGGAUCCUUGACUUUGCCUCCUCACCCUGUGGCCAGCUCCGCUCCUGUGUCGGGGCCCUUGGCCACGUGAGGGCCAGGAACUGCACAACAAGGAGGACAAGACUCCUGGGCAAGCGGCGGCUUCCUCUCGAGAGCCUGGCCUGGGGCCAGGACCCUACCGAUGACCAGGAGCAAACCAUUCACCCUCCUGUGCCUCGAUUGCCCCUCUGCCAUGCGGGGCCACUGACUCCUGUUUGCCGGCACUCUCGCUAACAAGUGCUGGAUAAGGGCAACACUGUUCUCUAUGUACCUGUAUGCGUGCACACUGUACACUCAUGUAAUCACUUUUCAAUGUCUAUUUCCAAUGAACACUCCUGACUCAGAGUGGAGAAGCAAGGGCCGGAGGAGCCCAGGUGGGUCUGUUCUCAGCUACAUCCACCCGGGCCUUGGGUCGAACCAGGACCAACUGGCAGGCCUGUGGGCUCCAGCCCUGCCCCCCAACAGGACUUGUGCGGCAGCCCUGCCCUUGCUUUCUGCUCCUCGGGGUGGGCCAGGCUGGAUCCUGGAUGUGUGGAGGACCCUGGUUGGGGAUGCGGCAGGAGAGGUUGGAGUUCUGGGCUGGGGCUGGAGGGUGGGUGGGGAGAACCGUUGCUCCAUGCGCCUGAUGCACCCUCAGUCCACAGGGGCCAGUGCGCUUGCAGAUGGGCCGGGCCUCCGGUCCACACCACCCCAUCUGGGCUUCACUCCCCUCAGGGCCCACCUUGGGGCCAGGGGGACCUGUUCUGUUCUCAGAAUAAAUGUUACCACAAUCUCAGAAA